AUGAAUACUUCUUUUCAAAAUAUUUAUGGUCUUCCAUCUGAUUUAGAUGACUGGAAUUUUUCAACAGACGGGUCUAAGUUAACUUCUCAACAUUCAGGAUUUAAGCAAGUUUAUAUUCCAUAUCAAGAUAAUGGAGGGCUUUCUAUCGCAAUUUCAGGCAAAGAUUAUGUGGUUCUUUCAGGGAGUACGCGUCAAGUAAAAGAUUAUAGCAUCCAUUCAAGAUAUCAGCCCAGAGUAUUUAAUAUUGGUGAUGGAUUAGUUGUUAGCACAUGUGGUUUCUCUGGAGAUUCUAAUGAAGUGAUACGGGUAUUAAGAAAACGAUUAAUGCAAUAUCAUUAUAAGCAUAAUCGACAACUCACUGUCAGAUCUGCUGCACGACUUAUACAGACAAUUCUUUAUAGUAGACGUUUUUUCCCCUAUUAUACCUAUGUAAUGGUUGUGGGUAUGGACGAAGAAGGUAAGGGGGCAAUAUAUACGUUUGAUCCAGUCGGAUCUUAUGAAAGAGUGUCUUAUCAGGCAACAGGGAGUUCGGCUAGUUUGGCAUUGCCACUCUUAGAUAGUCAGGUUGGCGGUAAGAACAAGUAUGAAAUAGUAGAUGGACGUCUUCAGCCGUGUAUUUCAACUCCUUUGUCUCUCGAGAAUGCAAUGAAAAUGAUCAUUGACACAUAUACAAGUGUUGUUGAGCGUCAUAUACAGAUUGGUGAUAAAUUUCAGGCGUUUAUUGUGACAGCCAAUGGUAUACAUAUACAAGAAUAUCCAUUAAAACAAGAUUGA